UCUGCGGUUCGCCGGUUAACGGCCGGCAAGCGCCUGGGUUGGGUGUGCGCGUGCGUCAGUGCGAGUGCGAGUGUGAGUGCGAGUGUGAGUGCGAGUGCGAGUACGCCCCGCUAACCCAAUCUCGCGGUCCUGGCUGCACUGUGUCCGAGUUCCCCAGACCGCCUCACGGCGAGUCAGACACGGUAGUGGUUUCCUGACGCGUUUGCGCCGCGCUGUGCCCCGCUGGCUGCCCUGCUCGAGGUCACAGUGGGCGCCGUCUGCGAGGCCACCCUCCCCCCACGGCGGCUGGGGGCGCCCCGAGGCCCCCAGGCCUGGUCCCCCAAGAGGAGCCCUCCGCCAGGUGGUGCGACUGUGCGUGUGCCCCGAGGGCGAGCAAAGCCUUCUUCCCUACGGGCUUCACCGAGUGCGACCGAGAGAGACGCCUUUGCCCUUUGGAGAGCAGGUUUUAAAUGUGAAUAUUAAUGGCAAUCAAGAUACACUGAAAUAAGGUGGUACAACAGAAGCUAGCCUAACUGAAGAAGUAUUAUUGAUGUUUGUAUUUCACAUUUGACGUAGAACCUGGAGACAAGAUUUUCUUAUAUGAAGCAGUUUUGAUGGCAGAAAAAAGACAGCCUUACAGUGUUGGGGAGGCAAUGGAGCAACUCACAGGACCUGACAGACAAUGGGCCGAUAUGGAUCCAGAAGAGACGGUGUUAGCAGCUGCCACGGCUUUUGCUCAUAUCUGUGCAGGGCAGGGUGAGGGAGAUGUCAGGAGAGAGGCCCAGUCUGUCCAGUAUGACCCCUACAGCAAAGCUUCAGUAGCCCCAGGGAAGCAACCUGCCCAUCGUGUGCCACUGCAGUGCCCACGUGUAGAAAGCCCUGUCCCUUCGCAGACAGCCUCAGAGGCCUCUCAAAGACUCCGGAAGCCCGUGAUGAAGAGAAAGGUGCUGCGCAGAAAGCCAGACGGGGAAGUGUUAGUGACAGAUGAGUCGAUUAUCAGUGAAUCAGAGUGUGGCACAGAAAGUGAUACAGACCUCUGGGACUUAAAACAAAGGCUGAUGAAUUUGCAGUUCCAAGAAGACAGGGAGUCCCCAGUGGACAUUUCGCAAAAAUUUAAUCAGCCACCUGAACACCAAGGAAUUUCACAAGAUCAGUUCAUUUGCUAUCUACGUGGAGAGGGAACAGGCCCUCCAGCUUACGAACAAGACCUGAUUGUCGCCAGCAGACCCAAGUCCUUUAUUCUCCCCAGGCUGGACCAGUUAAACCGAAACCGGGGCAAGAUUGACCGGGUAGCACGAUACUUUGAAUACAAAAGGGACUGGGACUCAAUGCGUUUGCCUGGUGAAGAUCAUAGGAAGGAGGUACGGUGGAGUAUCCGAGAGAGGUUUCUUUCCCGGGCAGAACCACAGGCUAAGCCUCAACACAUGUAUGUUCCAAACAAUUACGUAGUACCAACUGAGAAAAAAAGAUACGCCAUUCGCUGGGGUGUUCGGUGUGACCUUGCAAAUGGUGACAUGCCCAGGAAACUUCCCUUCCCUUUUUCUUAAGUCUUUUUUUAAAUCUGUCUCUCCUACAGGACUAUUUAGGAUAACUUGCUUCUUCAUCCCUUUCCUUUUAAAUAGAAACAACUGCCUUAGAAAGUGAUACAGAGUAAGGACUUCACCCAUUCAUUAGUCUUCCCCUGAUGUGUGUCAUAUGGCUGUCAAGCACAAUUUGGCUUCCAGAUUACUACUCUUAAAUACAGAAAUUACAAGAAACAUGCCAGAGAAAGAAAAACCUACCUAGCCUUUAUAUGUUGUCCAAUUAGUAAGCACCUUUUUACUUUGGGCCAGUGUAAGUACUAUGUUUUAAUGUGAUUUAAAGCUGGUGAGCAUUUAACUUAUCUAUUAAAAAACUUUGGAAACUCA